AUGGCAGCGGAAGCCCCAGAUCCAAAGACCUUCGGGUCAUGGGAAGAAGCCUUCCAGUAUCCUGUUCCCGCAGUGCGCGGUAUGGAGAGACAGCUGCGCAGGGACAUUGAUUCGAACCGUGAAAAGCUGAGGACACUCGUUGGCGCAAGCUAUCGUGACCUCCUAGGCACUGCGGAAUCAAUCAUCGAGAUGGGUGGCCAGAUGCACGACUUGGAGACCUACAUGGGCGAGAUUAGCAAGAGGUGCAAUACUAGGAUCUUGGACAAGAAGGCUUCAAAUUUACGGACAUGGACUGAAGAGGUUGGGGCUCCAAACACUGAACGCUACUCUUUCGCAUCCCAAUUGGCCGUCCUCCGCAGUUGUCCAGAUGUCAUUUCCAGGCUUUUCAAGAGCGGAGGAUCGGUGCUGCUGGCCGCCAAAGUUCUGGUGAUCUCGAGGCUGCUGCAUACGAAGCUCUCCCAGCGCCGGAAUCCGCCGCCAUUCUUAGACGAUUUGAGGAACCGAUUGGCAAGUCUACGUCGAAGACUGCUGGGCAGGAUUGACCGACGGCUCAAAAGCUUGGAAAUAUCGAGAGAUGUACUGGUGGAGGCAAUGUGCGCUUUCUCGCUGGCUACAAGUUCGUCACCUAAGGAUGUUAUACGUCAUUAUCAUCACAUGAGGCUGGAGGCUAUUUCCGAGAAUAUGAGCCAGGAUGGUGAUGGUCAUGACAACGUGCUAUUGGCAUUACGACUAUACGUAAAGACGUUGAAGGACACCCAGGCAGUCAUACCUACGCAACUGGCACGCGCACUGGAGAGAUUGAAGUUGGUUCCGUUAUUCAAAAGUCAGGAUGUAUACUCCUUGAUCGAGCUCAACUUGGAUGUUCACGAGCGAUGGAUAGGUGACGAUAUCAGGACUUUUACACCCUAUAUACGGCAUGAUGAUUUGACCAAAGCCGAAGCAGAACGAUCACUCAAACAGUGGGCAAAGUCCGCAUUUGGGUCUUUCCUCGCUGGACUACGAAACAGGAUAGAAGAUGUCGAGGAUCCCGAAAGACUGGUAGACUUACGGAGACAAGUCUUGGAGCUUUGGUUGUCGAAUCAUCAGCAUUCGACCGGGGUCGAUUCGGCUGAGACGCUUGAUGGUCUCCGCCAUGUUUUCAACCUUCAAUCCACGCGUCUCAUACAAAGUCGAGCGUCUAAGCUGGACCGAGUGGGCUUGAUUGUCAAAAACGUUUUGCAGAACUGGCAAGCUGGCGUAUCUGACCUUACUCCGUCAUUAUGGGAUUCUUCAAUGACUUCAAUGGAGUUUGAAAACGGAGGCAAAUCGUUCCGAGAGAGGCUUGCGUCUCGAUUCACAGGCAAGAAUGAGCCCCUCAACAAAGUUUCUCUAGAGUAUGUGUCUUUUUCUUGA